AUGGGUGGGGCUGGAGGAAACGGCGGAGCAGAGAUGAUGGGUAUGGCGGAAGCCCAGUAUUCGACGGCGAAGAUAUCGGUGUGGUGGGAUAUAGAGAAUUGUCAAGUACCCAAGGGUUCCGAACCCCAUAUGAUCGCUCAGAAUAUAAGCUCUGCUUUAGUCAAGAUGAAUUACUGUGGACCGGUUUCUAUAUCUGCUUAUGGUGAUACGACUAGAAUUAGUAAUAGUAUUCAGCAGGCACUCAAUAGUACCGGAAUUGCACUCAACCACGUUCCUGCAGGCGUCAAAGAUGCAAGUGACAAGAAGAUUCUAGUAGAUAUGUUGUUUUGGGCCGUAGAUAAUCCUGCACCGGCCAACUAUCUUUUAAUUUCCGGUGAUCGAGAUUUUUCUAAUGCUCUCCACCAACUGCGCAUGCGAAGAUAUAAUAUACUUUUGGCACAACCUCAAAAAGCGUCGGUUCCUCUUCUUGCUGCAGCAAAAAGUGUAUGGCUAUGGACUAGUCUUGUGGUUGGUGGAUCUCCACUUACAAGUAGUGAAACAUCUCAAAUUGUAAAUAGCAGCUCUGCACCUCAUAGUUCUGAGAAGUUACAUGUUCCAGGUACAGAUCAACUUCAGCUUAACCAAUCUGAGGAUUACUUUUAUGACAAUGCCCAUAUGGGAAACCCAAGGUACCCUAAUAUGGGAAGGGGGGCUGAUUUAAAAAACAAAGGAAGACCAGUAAGGAGAACCUUUACCCAACCAACUACGUCGAGAACUUCAAGCUCAGUUAUUGGGACUCAAGAUGAUCACAACACUGGAAGCCCACAUAAAUUAGGAUAUGGGCAUUCUAAAUCAUUCAAUGAUUCACAGGAGUUUUCUGGCAGUCAGAAUUCCAAAGUUUCGGUAGAUAGACCAGACCUUUUUGUAAACAAUGGCGGUGGUCCUCAAGGUUAUCAAAAUCACUAUCCUACCCAAGUUAGGCCAAAUGUCCUUCCAUCACAACCUGGAUUUCCUCCAGGUAACUUUUUACCGCACAAUAUGCAGAAUCCUUCUAAUGUAAUGCCUCUCCGACCUGAUGUUUCUAAUUUUACUCCUGGACCAUUUACAUCUGUGCCUGAUAUUGGAAAGUUGCACAUUUCUGAAUACCCUAAUAAUGGUCCGAAGCAUUCUAUGUGGAAUGGAGAAGUUAGAAAAACCUCUAUGACUGAAUCUACCAAUGGUACUACCUUAUACGGGUCUCAAAGAGGGAAAAAUGGUCACAAGAAACCGGCCAGCCACCAUGAUAAUCAUGGGAAUAGACAGCCGAACAUUAACCAACAGAUUCCCCCUCCGCCACCAUCUGUCUCCGAAAUUAGCACUGGUAUGUCUGGAAGUGGGGUUUGGGGAACUCCAGGAUGUCCUAAACCUCCUGAAUAUGUUCAAGGACUUAUCGGGGUUAUUUUACUUGCGUUGAACACACUAAAAACUCAAAAAAUUGUUCCUACCAUCGAAAAUAUUACUGAUUGCAUUCGAUAUGGAGAUCCCAAACAUCGGAACACUGAUGUCGGGAAAGCUCUCGACUGUGCUGUUGAACAACAGCUGGUAGUUAAGAAGAACUUAGGUCCUUUGAUGCUGUAUGUUGGUAAGAAUGAGAAGCUCUGGAGCUGUGUGAAUGAAAAGGAUGUUAAUGCAAAGCAAUUUCCAAAAUCAACAUGGGAUGAAAUUCAGAAAUUUCUGUCAUCAUCUUCUGGACGGUCUUCAAUACUAGCCUCCCAAUGCAGGUAUGAAGCAGCUAUGAUUAUACAGAGAGAGUGCCUAAAAGAAUUUGUUUUGGGAGAAGUUUUACAGAUUUUGAAUAUGGUAAUCAACAUGAAAAGAUGGAUGACACAUCACCAAUCAGGAUGGCAACCUGUUAGGAUUGUUCUUGCAGAGAAACCCGACCCUGGGGUGGCUGCUGCCGUAGCAUCUUGUUGA